AAAAAAAAACCUAAUCCAUGACCGAAAAAAGAAAAAGAAACAAGGGAAGAGAAAGAAUCAGUGAGUUCUGAAACUUGGUCACAUCCCUUUCUGUCCCGUCCGGCUCUUUCUCACAUGUGAGCAUGAGGUACUACUCUCUUUGGUAAUUAAAACAUUCGAGCUGCUUCUUAUUGUUGUUGUUGUUAUGGUUGGGUAGAAUCUGUUAUUUUUUAGCGUUAUAAUCAGAUAGAUGGACCUAGCAACCGCAACAGCAACAGCGGCCGUAGCAGUAGUAGCAGCUUCCAUCAGCGUGAUCUAACAAAGAGGUGGGUAGUGUUUCGCUUGGUUUGCCUCCUCAACUUGUUCCAUCUUCUAUUGGAUAUUUACUAAAUGGAAUAGAGGAUAUCACUGUGUUUCAUACCAGGCAAUAGUGAUAGCGAUAGCGAAAGAUAAGAAUGAAGCCGCUUUUAAGAAUAAGGCAUUAUUUACCUAAAGUUUUAUGUAGGCAACAUCGUUUAUAUGUAGCAGGGCUUAAUGCAAGUAACUCAAAUGUGUCAUUAAGAAAUUUUGGUCAAGCUGCAAGGAAACAGGAGGAAGAGGAAGUUGAGGAGGUGGAGAUUGACCAACGAAAUCUCCCUGCUGAUUUUGAUCCCACAACAUUUGAUCCUAUGGUGCGUCGUGGCCCUCCAUCUGAGAGAGUUUUCAGGCUUGUUGAUGAAAUGGCAUCUCUUACGGUAGCUGAAGCAGCUGAACUGGGUCACAUUAUGAUGAAGAAAAUGGGGACGAAGGAGCUGCCUACUGUUGGAUUCUUGAAGCCAGGAGCUGCAAAUAUAGCUGGACUCACAGCGACGAAAGCUGCACCAGCAGAAGCUGAGGAGGAGAAAAAGCCAGAAAAGACUGUAUUCGAAUUGAAAUUAGAGUCCUAUGAAGCAGCCUCCAAGAUUAAAGUCAUCAAGGAGGUUCGGGGCUUUACUGAUUUAGGUUUGAAGGAGGCAAAGGAUUUAGUGGAGAAAACACCCUCUAUUAUAAAGAAAGGUGUUUCAAAGGAAGAAGGAGAACAAAUAAUAGAGAAAAUGAAAGCUCUUGGUGCAAAGGUUAUUAUAGAAUGAAGGUAACAUGAUGUAUGUUGUUGCUCUCUUGGGAAGAAGUUGAUUCCAUUGUUUAUUAUUUUUGACAAAUUGUCUGAAAUUUUGAAAAUUUCAUGUUGUUGUUCUAGGAUACGACAAAUUUUGCUAGUGGUUUGUUAUUUUUACUAAUCUUUUGUAGCUUAAUCUGGAACUUGAUUUGUUGUUCUAUAUAACAUUAUCCUUCAUUGCAAUCCACAUGGAGGCCAAUAAAAGUGCUUUUUCUUA